AUGAUUUCCCAAGCUAGCGGGAGUUACAAGGGUGUUUGCUUGGCUUCUGAACAAGAAUUGUUCAGCCACAAGCUGAUUUUAGUUCCAUCUUUUGUGAUUCAAUCACCAUCACCUCAUUCUUCCCCUGAUGCUGGAAAUUUUGGCUCGGGAAAUACAACUGAGAAGCUGGUGAGUAUAUGCAUCUCAAAGCAAUCUUUGAAAUUGGAUAUAGCCAAUUGUCUAGAAUCUUUUCCUCCUAGAUCCAUCAAUGUGCUGUUUCGCGUUCCUGUUUCUGGAAGUUCUGGAAAUAAUAGUUCUGCAGAGUAUCAGGAUGUACUAGAUAACAUCAUUUGUACCCCCAUGCCAGAUGGGAGUCCAUAUUACCAUGAUCUUCUGGGUGCUACAGAAAGAUAUUUCAAGAGCUGUAUUCUGGUGAAGAAUUCUUUCCCAAGUCAACCUCAUCGGAGGAGGGUGCUGACCUAG